AUGGAUGUUAGGAGCGUAAGGUCCCAGGUCAUCGCGAUCUGGAAAAGAUCCUCCCGCGAGGCCAGCUGGGACGCAGAUAGGGCUUGGUCCGGUGGGGGCUGGGCUCUGCGCUGCUGUCUGCGGUUGGUUCCUCUCUCUACUGUUGCUGCGCCACCUCCUCUCCUGAUUCCGCGCGAGAUGGCGCUUCCGUCCGCCCACGACCGCGAGUGUACCGCGGAGAGUGCACCUGUGCUUCCGCCACGCCCGGCGGUGAGCGUUCCUGCUCGUCCUCCCGCUGCUGCGGACCAAAUCCGGCGCCGAUUUGAGGACCAGCGCCGUCCUCCCGGGCCGCGCGUCGCUGAUUCGCCUCCGAGAGUGGCAACCCGCGCGGAGUCCGCUGUGCGUUCUGGCGCCUUGGCGGAGCCGCACCGGGGGCGUUCUCCGCGUCGUCGGACGCCUGAGCCUCGUGACGAACGCUGCGAGGGGCGGCGUGAAGAUCGCCGCGAGCGUCGCUCCCCUCGUCGUCAGGGGAGCCGCAGCCGUUCCCCUGGGCGUCGUUCGCCAAGUCACCGUUCCCCAUCUCGCCAUUCGCCUCGCUGUCAUUCACCCGCGCGCCGAUCCUCAGGGCGUCGCACUCCUGCUCGCCGUUCUCCGCGCGAAUCGCCGGUGAAGCGCCAGCGGCGCCAUUCUCCAUCGCGUCGUGAGCGAUCCCCUGCGCUCCGCCCGCGCAGCACGUCCCGGCCCCAAUCUCCAGCCCGCUCGUGGUCGAAUAGUCGUGGGCGGCGUGGCAGUCGCGGGGGCCGCGGACGCGGGGGCAGGGGUCGCCAGUCUGCGUCGGACUUUGCGCGCGCCCUGGAGAGGCUUCCGGACGUGCUCGCAACUGCUCUCCGUGAGUCGCAGGUGGCGACAGCCUGUCGCUCCGUUCCGCCAGACACUCCUCGUUCUCUUCCCGCCAUUGUCGAGGUAGCCAACCGUGCGGUGUCCCCGCAGCGCUCUGUCCAGCAGCCGCCUGUUCUCCCGGGUUUUGUUGGCGCUGGCGGAGGCCCAGCAAGGGGUCCGUAUCGUGACCCUCGUCCUCGCCUUGAGGAGGCGGAGUAUUCAUGUUCCACGGCGACCCUGCGUCAGCUGUGGAUACUGUCGGAGUGCCUAGAGGCACUGGCGCGUGUUCUCCGGUCAACUCGUGCGUCGAUGCCGAUAUCCCGCCCGAGCACAUUUGCUGAGAAACCGCAAGCAGCGUGCUUGGGGGCGGCGGAUGAGAUCCUAUCCCUCUUGGCGCCACUGCAGGCAGCGCCCUCCCCGGGUGCAGACGCGGCCAACCUGCUGGCUCGCGCGGCCCUGGAUCUGAGGCACAUUGCAGGGUCGGUUGAAGGCACACCCGGAGAUGCUCUAACCGCCUGCGUGUCAGUGGUCCGCCACUUGUGGCAGACCACGCGCGGAAUGCUCUCGUUUCUGGGGGCGGACCGCAUGUAG